CAGUAACGGCUCGGCCGGGCUCGCGGGCGGAGAGUGGAGGAGAGCGCGCGCGAGGAGGAGGAGUGGACGGUGGCAGAGCGGCAGAGCGGCAGCGCAGCUUGGGGUUGAGAGCGCGCGCAUGCAGUCAGUCACUCAUUCAGUCAGUGAGACACAGCGGAGGAUUUCCAGCGGUGAAACAGCGGAGCAGCAGCGUGUUUUCGGUGGGACGAACUUGGAAUAAACGGACGGGCGCGAUGAACCCGCUCGCGUUCCUCAUUAUUCUGGUGGUCGGAGUUGGCGGGGAGAAUCUGGAAGGGCCAACAGCCGGCUGCACGUUCGAGGAGGACUCGGACGCCAACCUGUGCGAGUACAGACACGGGCAGGAGGACGACUUCGACUGGCAGCUGGUGCGGACCUCCAGCUGGCCCUACGUGCCCUCUGACCUCACGCGGGGUUCCUAUAUGUUAGUGAACUCCUCGCAGCACGGAGCUGGCCAGCGUUCACAGCUGCUACUGCGUCCCCUGAGCGAAAACGACACGCACUGCGUUCAGUUCAGCUAUUUCCUGUACAGCCGCGAUGGACACAGCCCAGGAGCGCUCAACGUGUACGUGAGGGUCAACGGUGGACCACAGGGCAAUUCCAUAUGGAACAUUUCUGGAUCCAACGGCCAGGAGUGGCACCAGGUGGAGCUGGCCAUCAGCACCUUUUGGCCUAGUGAAUACCAGGUCAUAUUUGAAGCCACGGUGUCGGCCGAGCAGAAGGGCUACAUCGGCCUGGAUGACAUAGUGCUGCUAAACUACCCGUGCUAUAAGGUGCCUCACUUCGCCAGGCUGGGGGAUGUGGAGGUGAACGCUGGACAGAACGCUACCUUUCAGUGUGCAGCCACGGGACGAGCUGCCAAGACUGAUCCCUUCAUCAUGGAGAGGCGGAAUGGUGUUCUCAUGGCUCCAUAUUCACUCACCUCGCAAGUUGGCGAGCGCCGAGUGGUCGCGUGGUUCCAGGUGGGCGGGGCUCAGCGCGGAGAGCAGGACCUGUACCGCUGCAUCACACAAUCUUCUUACGGAGCAGCCGUGUCCAACUUCGCUGAGCUUAUAGUCAGAGUCCCGCCUUCCCCGAUAGCCCCGCCCCAGCUGCUGAGGUCUGGCCCCACCUACCUGAUCAUCCAGCUGAACACCAACUCCAUAGUGGGCGACGGUCCGGUGAUCCGGCGGGAGAUCGUGUACAGGGCCAGUCACUCUCCGUGGUCGGAAACGCAUGGAGUCAACUCUCUGUCGUAUAAGGUGUGGCAUUUGGAACCGGACACGGAGUACCGUAUCAGCGUCCUCCUCACCAGGCCUGGAGAAGGAGGCACUGGACCCCCCGGACCACCCCUGGUCAGCAGAACCAAAUGUGCUGAACCCAUGCGUCCUCUCCGUGGCCUGACAGCCUCUGAGAUCCAGUCUCGUCAGUUGGUUUUGCAGUGGGAGCCGCUGGGCUAUAACCUGACGCGCUGUCACACCUACUCCCUGUCUCUGUGCUAUCGCUACUCCACGGCGACCGGCAGCGGGGCGGGAGGCAACAACGCCACGGUGCGCGAGUGUCUGUCUGUGGAGAGGAACACCUCCCGCUUCACGCUCAGAGACCUCCCGCCCUUCAGACUGGUGCAUGUGCGCCUGGCACUGGCCAAUCCUGAGGGGAAGAAGGAGAGUCGCGAGGUCACCUUCCAAACGGAGGAGGACAUUCCAGGAGGCAUUGCUCCAGAGUCUCUAACCUUCACGCCACUGGAUGACAUGAUCUUCCUUAAGUGGGAGGAACCUGUGGAACCCAAUGGACUCAUCACUCAGUAUGAGAUUAGCUACCAGAGCAUCGAGUCCUUUGACCCCAGCGUGAAUGUGCCUGGGCCCCGCCGCACCGUCUCCAAACUGAAGAACGAGACCUACCACAUGUUCUCAGGGCUUCAUCCUGGAACCACCUACCUGGUGUCCGUCCGAGCCCGCACUGCCAAAGGCUUCGGCCAGACCGCCCUGACCGAGAUCACCACUAACAUCUCUGCUCCUGCGUUUGACUAUGACGACAUCCCCUCCCCGCUGAGCGAGUCGGAGAGCACGAUCACGGUACUGCUGCGGCCGGCGCUGGGUAGAGGAGCUCCUGUCAGUACCUAUCAUGUGGUGGUGGUGGAGGAGGACGGCUCACGGCAGGUGAAGAGGAGAGAGCUGGGUCAUCAGGACUGCUUCCCAGCUCCCUCGUCUCAGGGUGAAGUAGUGGGCAGAUCAGGAGCCACGCCUUCUCAUUACUACACUGCAGAACUUCCUCCCAGCAGCCUGCCGGAGGCCACUCCCUUCACAGUCGGGGACAACCACACCUACAACGGAUACUGGAACACCCCACUGGAUCCCAGCAAGAACUACCUGAUCUACUUCCAGGCCGCCAGCAACUUCAGAGGGGAGACUCGAAUCAACUGCAUCCGGAUCGCGCGAAAAGGUGCAUGUAAGGAUCAUAAGCAUGCUCUGGAGGUCUCCCAGCAUGCUGAAGACAUGGGGCUGAUUCUAGGAGCCUGCGCUGGAGGACUAGUGGUCCUUAUACUCUUGCUGGGAGCCAUUGUCAUCAUCGUCAAGAAGGGAAGGGACUUCUAUUCGUACCCUUACUAUCCGAGGAAGAAAGUGAACAUGAACAAGGCGGCCAUGACCUAUCGGCAGGAGAAGAACCGGAAGCUGGGUUCGCUGGACUGCAGCACGGCCGAUCAAAGCACUCUCCAGCAGGACGAGAGGACCACACACACCUUCAUGGACGCUCACAGCUGCAGCGCUAGGACUGAGCAGCGCAGCUCCGUAAAUGAGUCCAGCAGUCUGCUUGGUGGAUCUCCGAGACGCCACUGCCGGAGGAAAAGCUCUCCGUAUCACACGGGUCAGCUGCACCCAGCCGUACGCGUGGCCGACCUGCUGCAGCACAUCAACCAGAUGAAGACAGCGGAGGGCUACGGCUUCAAGCAGGAGUAUGAGAGCUUUUUUGACGGUUGGGACGUCACUAAAAAGAAGGACAAGACCAAAGGCAGACAUGACACCCUGCUGGAGCAUGAUCGUCAUCGGGUCAAGCUGCACUCUCUUCUAGCUGAUCCCAACUCCGACUAUGUCAACGCCAACUACAUUGACAUUCGGAUAAACAGGGAAGGUUAUCAGCGCUCCAAUCAUUUCAUCGCAACCCAAGGGCCCAAGCAGGACAUGAUCUAUGACUUCUGGCGGAUGGUGUGGCAGGAGAACUGCUAUAGCAUUGUGAUGAUCACCAAGCUGGUGGAGGUGGGCCGGAUGAAAUGCUGUAAGUACUGGCCUGAUGACAGUGAGCUGUAUGGAGACAUUAAGAUCACUCUGCUGAAGACUGAGACUCUGGCAGAAUACACAGUGCGCACCUUCGCCAUGGAGCGGCGGGGUUACCCAGCCAAACAUGAGGUGUGUCAGUUCCAUUUUACUUCAUGGCCGGAGCACGGAGUACCGUACCACGCCACAGGCCUGCUGGCCUUCCUGCGGCGGGUCAAGGCCUCCACGCCCCCUGAUGCUGGACCUGUGGUGGUCCACUGCAGUAUGGGCGCUGGCCGGACGGGUUGCUAUAUCGUCCUGGACGUGAUGCUGGACAUGGCGGAGUGCGAGGGAGUGGUGGACAUCUAUAACUGUGUCAAGACUCUGUGCUCAAGACGCAUCAACAUGAUUCAAACUGAGGAGCAGUAUGUGUUUAUUCAUGAUGCUAUCCUGGAGGCGUGUCUGUGUGGUGAGACUGCCAUCCCGGUCAGUGAGUUUGCUCUCACCUAUAAGGACAUGCUGAGGGUUGACACCCAGAGUAACACCUCCCAGCUCCGAGAGGAGUUCCAGACUCUAAACUCGGUCACCCCUCACCUGGACGUGGAGGAGUGCAGCGUGUCUCUGCUGCCCCGGAACCGGGAGAAGAACCGCAGCAUGGACGUGCUGCCGCCGGACCGGGCCCUGGCCUUCCUCGUCUCCACCGAGACCGACGGCAGCAACUACAUCAACGCGGCUCUGAUGGACAGCUUCCUGCGGCCCGCCUCUUUUGUGGUGACCCCGCACCCGCUGCCCACCACCACCGGAGACUUCUGGAGGCUGGUGUUCGAUUACGGCUGCACCUCCAUCGUGAUGCUCAACCAGCUCAACCAGUCCAACUCUGCAUGGCCAUGUCUGCAGUACUGGCCUGAGACAGGCAUGCAGCAGUUUGGACCCAUGACAGUGGAGCUGCUCUCCAGGUCGACAGAUGAUGAUGUCAUCACGCGACUAUUCCGGGUCACUAACAUCACACGGGACCCGAGUGAGAGCUUCCCCAGACGAGAUGAUGAUAAUCGCUUCUUCAUUAAGCUACAGGAAGGUCAUCUAGUGGUGCGCCAUUUCCAGUUCCUGCGUUGGUCAGCCUACCGCGAGAUUCCGGACUCCAAAAAAGCCUUCCUCACCCUGCUGGCCCAAGUGCAGAAGUGGCAGAGGGAGUGUGGUGAAGGUCGCACUGUCGUCCACUGCCUGAAUGGCGGAGGCCGCAGUGGCACGUUCUGUGCUCUCACCAUGAUCAUUGAAAUGGUUCGGCAUCACAGCAUGGUGGACGUCUUCUAUGCUGUCAAGACACUGCGCAACUCCAAACCUAACAUGGUGGAGACCAUAGACCAGUAUCGAUUCUGCUAUGACCUGGCCUUGGAGUACCUGGACUGCCUAGAGGUCAGAUAACAUCUGAGCCAGUGACCCACCCGCCAGCAGAAGAGCGUGAGAGCCUUUACGAGUCUGCGCCUUGAAUCUCUCCAUAUUCCUCUUUCUUUUUUUUUUUUUUGUUAGUUUUUUUUUUAGUUUUUUAUUUUCUUCCCUGGUCCUUCAGGCCUGGAUGAUUGAGCCUUUCUGUUCACUUCCUGUCGUGAGAAUGUAAACGCAAGUGUAGACUCACGCGGGGGGAGACCCGCCACGGUUCGACCUGUAUUAUUAUACCUCUUGCUUUGGUGUCUCUUUUUUCUCUCUCUCUCUUUGGCUCAUCGUGCAAGAUAUAUCCUCUCGGAGCGCUGCUGGGGAACGGACUGGAGGGGGGUGGGUGGUUAAGGCACCCCUGGAGCGAAGGCCUUUUCUGGCGAAGGUGGAAGGGAAUCCAGCCCCAGCGACUUUGAUUCAUGCUUUGAUUCUGACCCUGACUGCAAAAUGCUCAGCCAAUCUCUGCCUUACUCACUGAGCAAGAGGAACACACCGUAUCCUGUAACACCACCCAGAGACCGCAGCCACACAAACACCAACCGCGGGCGAUGUUGUGUACGUAAAGUAUGUGUAUCGUAAUACCCUGUACAUGGUGCAAUCUAGUGUGGACAGGCAAACCCAUGCUUUUCAUAAUGGACACCCUGAAAGAGACUGAGUGAAGGCACAAGACGAACGGACUCCUAACCGUCGAAGGAAACCAGAGAUUUCCACAAAAGCAGACUACCGAUCAGCGAUUCGUCCGACAGCGAUGCACAGGAGGUGGUUCUUGAGUUGGAUUAAUUUAUUGUUUCCUGUAAAUACCGUAGAUAUUUUCCAGAACCCUUUCUAGAUGUCGUCUCUGAUGUGCCAAUACAUUCUCUCUCUUUUCGUGUGUGUGUGUGUGUGUGUGCGUCCGCGUCCGCGUGUUAAAAGAAAAAUUAAAUAAGGUGGGACCACUCGCACAUCUGCAUGCCCGUUGUACUGUAGGUGUCCCAUUGCGAUCUGUGAGCCAGUCUGCGUCGAGGCGUCCCGACGCAGGAGCGCAACCCCGCUUUUCAUCAAAGAGCAAUCAAUGCAAGCAUUCUUGGAAACGAACAAACUAAAAUUAAAAUAAAAAUAAAAAAGAGAAAAUAAAGAGCGAAAAACAAAAAAAUUAAGUGCUACUGUGGGAACAAGGCGCUCGCCAAAAGAGUUGCUUUUUAAAUUUCUAUUUAUUCAUUGUGUUUUCUUUUCUAAAUAGUGUAAAAUACGAAGGAAUAAAAACCUACUGAUGUUGCUUUUAUCUGC